AUGACGUUCAAGGUUCCUACUGUUGCGCUGAGAGACACUGGUGACAAAAUCCCAGUACUUGGAUUUGGAAGUGGUACUAAAUGGCGUAUUGCCAAGACGACCGGUGAGCGAGAAGAUCAAUUCAUUGACGAACUGGCACAACAAGUGACUGAUGCUAUCAAGGCCGGUUUUAACCAUAUUGAUACUGCAGAAGUCUACAAGACUCAUCCUGAAGUAGGUGAAGGCAUAAAGAGGGCGAAAGUUGCCAGGGAAAAAUUGUGGAUUACAGAUAAGUACCAUCCUCAUUCAUAUAAUUGGAGAAAAAGCUCCGGUCCGAUAGACUCGUUGAAAUAUUCAUUGGAUCUGAUGGAACUCUCGUAUGUGGAUCUGUAUUUGCUACAUCUUCCUACGAUUAACAAAGAGAACGCCGGCCUCACGUUGGAGGACGCUUGGAAACAAAUGGAAGAACUUCGUGAUCUGGGACUUGCCAGGAACAUUGGAGUCUCCAAUUUCGACGUGGGCUCUUUGGCACGUAUCCAUCGGAUUUGUAAGUACCCACCUGCUGUGAAUCAAAUCGAAUUCAAUGCCUACAUGCAGCAGCAGUCUCCAGGUAUAUUCAACUACUGCAAGCAAAACAAUAUCCUUGUCGAGGGCUAUUCUCCGCUGUCCCCUCUCACAAAAGGAUCACCAGGUCCCCUGGACGACGUUCUCCCUUCUUUGGCCACAAAGUACGAGCGGACCCCGGCUCAAAUACUUCUUAGAUGGGCUAUUCAAAGGGGCAUAGUUGUUCUAACAACUUCCGGACGUAUAGAGCGUUUACAGGAGUACAUGGGUGCACUCAGCUUCGAGCUUUCAGCCGAAGAUGAGGCUCAAAUAACUUCGAUCGGCCGUGGCAAAAUAUUACAUGGCUUUAUGCAUCAGUUAUAUGGACACCAGAUGGACUCUUUGUAUGAUGAUUUGUGA